AUGGAUGGUGGGGCUCAGCCGGCGGACACCGUGAUGUCGGAAGCUCAGCCGCCGCCUCCGCCGCAGCAUCAGCAUCAGCAUCAGCCUACGAUGGAUCACAUACCGGCGACGCUGAGCCACGGCGGCCGAUUUAUCCAAUACAAUAUAUUCGGCAACAUAUUCGAGGUCACCUCUAAAUACAAACCCCCAAUCAUGCCGAUUGGGAAAGGCGCAUACGGCAUCGUUUGCUCUGCUUUGAAUUCGGAGACGAACGAGCAUGUGGCGUUGAAGAAGAUAGCGAAUGCUUUCGAUAAUAAAAUUGAUGCUAAGAGGACUCUGCGUGAGAUCAAGCUUCUCCGGCACAUGGAUCACGAGAACGUUGUUGCAAUUAGAGAUAUAAUACCACCUCCCAAGAGGGAAGCGUUUAAUGAUGUUUAUAUAGCAUACGAACUUAUGGACACUGAUCUCCAUCAAAUCAUCCGUUCAAACCAAGCACUAUCAGAGGAGCAUUGCCAGUAUUUCUUGUAUCAGAUUCUCCGCGGGCUGAAAUACAUUCACUCGGCGAAUGUUCUCCACAGGGAUCUCAAGCCUAGCAACCUUCUUCUGAAUGCAAAUUGUGACCUCAAGAUAUGUGAUUUUGGGUUGGCCCGUGUAACAUCUGAGACUGACUUCAUGACAGAGUAUGUUGUCACUAGGUGGUAUCGGGCCCCAGAGUUGCUUUUGAAUUCAUCUGACUACACUGCGGCCAUUGAUGUGUGGUCGGUCGGGUGCAUCUUCAUGGAAUUAAUGGACCGGAAGCCGUUGUUUCCCGGUAGAGACCAUGUUCACCAGCUACGUCUUCUGAUGGAGCUAAUUGGCACCCCAUCUGAGGCUGAGCUCGAAUUUCUGAAUGAAAAUGCGAAAAGAUAUAUCAGGCAGCUCCCGCCUUACCGGCGACAAUCAUUUACUGAGAAGUUCCCGCAAGUGCACCCUCUCGCCAUCGAUCUUGUUGAGAAGAUGCUCACUUUUGAUCCUCGGCAAAGGAUUACGGUUGAAGGUGCACUGGCCCACCCGUACCUGAACUCUCUCCACGACAUAAGUGACGAACCCAUCUGCAUGACCCCUUUUAACUUUGACUUCGAGCAGCACGCUUUAACAGAAGAACAGAUGAAGGAGCUUAUCUACCGAGAGGCCCUUGCCUUCAAUCCGGAAUACACACUCAUGUAA